CAGACAAAGUCUUCUUCUUCUUCAUCUGUGUACUAUUUUUGGGGCGUGUCUGCAAUUAUUAAUGUGAACAAGAAAUUUUCCCUCUAAAAGACUUCCAUAAGACUCUCAAGAAUCUUGGGAUCCAUCCCAUUUCACUUCUUUGGAAACCUCAAAAAAAAAAAAAAAAAACCCAAAAAAACAGCAAGAUCACCUGUUUUUGUUUUCUGCUAUUUUUUGAGGCUCUGAUUUUCGUUGAUAUCAUAUACAGAAGGUCAUUGGUGCAUCCUAAAGUUAUGACUUGCUUCCCUUUGUUCCGUAGAAAACAUCAGUCAUCAACCAGGCAUGCAUCCGAAUUUGAUGAUGAGCUCUCUGGCGUCAAGAAUGUCACUCUUUUCUCCUAUAAGCAGUUAAGAAUCGCCACCGAUGAUUUUAGUACUGUGAAUAAAAUUGGAGAGGGUGGAUUUGGUUCUGUUUAUAAGGGAAGGCUAAAAAGUGGAAAGAUGGCUGCUAUAAAGGUUCUUUCAAGUGAAUCGAAGCAAGGUGUCAGGGAGUUCUUGACAGAAAUUAAAGUAAUUUCAGACGUUGACCAUGAAAAUCUAGUCAAACUCUAUGGCUGUUGUAUAGAAGACGAUCACAGGAUAUUGGUCUACAACUAUCUUGAAAAUAACAGCCUUGCUCAAACGCUUCUUGGUGGAGGACACAGUAGCAUCCAGUUCAGUUGGCGAACAAGGACUAAAAUUAGCAUUGGAGUUGCGAAGGGGCUAGCUUAUCUUCAUGAGCAAGUGAAGCCACAUAUAAUUCACCGUGAUAUCAAAGCGAGUAAUAUUCUCCUUGACAAAGACUUGACACCCAAGAUUUCAGAUUUUGGCCUGGCAAAGCUCAUUCCCCCCAACGCUACUCAUGUUAGUACACGUGUGGCAGGAACCAUUGGUUAUUUGGCACCAGAGUAUGCAAUUAGAGGCCAGGCAACACGUAAAUCAGAUGUCUACAGUUAUGGUGUUCUUCUGAUAGAAAUCGUCACUGGAAGAUGCAACACAAACUCGCGUUUACCUAUUGACGAACAAUAUCUCCUUGAGAGGACGUGGCAACUUUAUGAAAGAAAGGAGUUGGUAUUGCUAGUAGACACGUCUCUAGACGGGGAUUUUGAUGCUGAACAGGCCUGCAGACUCUUGAAGAUUGGGCUCCUUUGCACUCAAGACUCCUUAAAACUGCGGCCAUCCAUGUCUACGAUUCUCAAGAUGCUAACCGGUGAGAUGGAGGUCAAUGACAAUAAGAUAACAAAACCAGGCUUGAUCUCCGAUUUCAUGGAUCUCAAGAUUAAAAGUAGUGAUGCUGAACAAAUUAACGCAGCAUAUGAUUACGUCUUAUCAGACAAUACAACAACGUUGCCAUCUACGAGUUCUUCUCAAGGUAACUCGACAUUCACAACCGCUGCAUAUGAUCAAAGCAUUUGAGCUUAGAUUUUUGGAGUGAAUUGGAAAAUUUUGGAGUGGUGGAGGGAAGGUAAAUAGUUUGUAUUUGGUUGAAUAUUACUUUCAUCUUUGUUUUAUUCUCUUUUUUUCCCCUCUGUACUUUUUUUGUAAAUUGUUCAUGUUGUUAGAAAUAGUGUAUGUUGUAAAUUUGAGGUGUUGAAUUCAAGAAAUGUAAUUUUCUCUA